AUGGCAACGGACGCGGCGAUCUGGGCGCCAACUCCCCGAGCGGGCGGCUCGGCGGGAGCGCACGGCGCAGCGGGCAGCCCCGGCUCCGAUGGCGAGCUUGGGCGACGCGCCCGGGACGGAGGAGAGCCGCAGGGUCCUGGAGGGGCUCACGGCCUCCAUCGAGCAGUUCCAGUUCAACCCCAGAUUAUUAAAUCCAUUCAGGUGGAUUUUGGGUUCAUCAAAGACUUGCUUCGGUUGACAUUUGAGGACCGACUGAAAGAGGAGUCUUUGAAGCUCUUCAGCUUUCUGCGUGACAGAAUGUUCGCAAUCGAAAAGCAUUAUCAACAGAAAGAGGAUAACAUGAGAAAAUCCUUCAACCAGCAGCUAGCCGACGCCAUAGCUGUCAUCAGGGGAAUGUAUAAGCAAUUCUUUGAGGUGGAAGAAGAGACGGCUUCUAUGCAGGACUCAACAUCUGUCAGAAUUAAUGUUUUAUUAAGAAAGCUGAAGGAGAGAGAAGAAAUUAUUAAGGAAUUAAAAGAUGAGCUAGACCAAUAUGAAGAUUUUGGCUUUCAAAAAUUUGAAUCCUUUGGCAGAGAGGCCAGCUCUUCAAAAACAACCCCAGAAAAGGAAAAUUUGGAAUACAAAGUGGAAAACGAGAGGCUGCUUCAAGUCAUUUCAGAGCUCGAGGAAGAACUGCAGUUCAGUCUGAAAGAAAAUUCAGUCUUAGAAGAUGAAAUUAUCAGUCUGAAAGAGGUGGCCGAAAAGGAUCAUAGAACUAUUCAGAAGUUACUUGAUAGUAGAGACAGAUUAAAACUUGACCUGGAUUAUGAAAAAGCAGUAGUUCAAGACAUGAUUCAUAAACAGAAAGAGAACAUGGAAAUGAGAAGAAAUGUUGACCAUCUAAGCAGCAAGGUCCUGAAGUCAGCCAAGAGGGACACCACUUUGUCUCCAUGGCCCACGAAGACCAGGACUCCAUUCAGGAGCCCCACAGCUACGGGGACGAGUUCGCAGCCACAUAUACCCUCCAGGAGCAUGUCUCCUGCCAGGACCAAAAGACCAAAGAGUUCAAAGAAGACAAAGGAGACAAAGGAGGCAAAGUUAAAGAAGGUGGCAGGGACGGAGGUGACGGGGACAGAGGCGGUGGAGCCCCAGGAGCAGUGGCUUGUGAUGGGCCCACUUCCAUCCAUGUUUAGAAACACCUUGAGAAGAGCAGAGCUGUUGUCCUUGACCCCCUGAAGUCCAGAGAGUGACCCUCAGGCUCCCUCACUGCACCCCCCUGGCUUCAGUUCCCACUGGGAGCUGAGGCCAGUCCUGAAGACCAGGGCAUUUGGCCGGUGUCCUCACAGGAGAUGGGACACUACCCUCCAAGCCCGGACUUGGGUCUUACCCCAGAGUGAGCAUUUGAAGGGCUUCACUUGAAAGCAGGGACUGGAACUCACACUUGCACACUGGUGUCCAUAGCAGCAUUAUUCACAAUAGUCAAAAGAUGGAAGCAACCCAAUAAUCCACCCAGCGAUGAACGGAUACGCAAAAUGUGGUAUAUUACAUACAACAGAGUAUUAAUCAGCCGUAAAAAGGAAUGAAGUUCUGAUAAUGCUACAACAUGGAUGAACCUUGAAGACAUCAUAUUGAGUGAAAUAAGCCAGACACCGAAGGACAGAUAUUGUACGAUCUCCCUGAUAUGAAGUAAUUAGAACAAGCAAAUUCAUAGACUCAGGAACUGGAAUACAGGUUAUGGGGUUGUGGUGGGGGUAGGGUAUGGGGAGCUAAUGCUUAAUUGGUACAGUUUCUGUUGGAAAUGUUUUGGUAAUGGAUGAUGUGAUGGUGGCACAACCUUGCGAAUGUGACUGACACCACUGAAGUGUAUAUUUGAAUGUGGUUUAAAGGGGAAAUGUUAGAUUGUAUAUAUAUUACCAGAAGAAAAACUUAAAAAAAAAACCUUAUAACUGUACAACACAGUGAACCCUAAUGUAAACUAUGGACUAUAGUUAAUUGUACAAUAAAAAUAAAAUUCUUUCACCAAUUAUAACAAAGUCACCACCUUAAUGC